CACAGGCUAACCAAAUAGUCCCAAGAUAUUUUCACUUUCCUCUGACCAGCUUCAGACCAACCGAAACAUAUACAUACACAUCUACGCACAAAAAUAUCAAGCACUCGACAAAAAACCUACAGAACAUCUAGCUUGUUCAUGGUAUCUUUGAACUCAAACCCACCUGAAAACUUCUACUUGGAUCCUCAAAUGGGUCUGCCCCUUCAAAAUAUAGGCUCUUUUUCAGCUCCACCAGGGGCUCCUGACCCUGCUUUGUCUGAUGAUUUGUCUAUAAAGAUCAGAAAACCAUAUACAAUUACCAAGUCUAGAGAGAGCUGGAGUGAGCCUGAGCAUGACAAGUUUCUUGAAGCUCUUACACUCUUUGAUCGGGACUGGAAAAAGAUUGAAGCAUUUAUUGGUUCAAAAACUGUCAUCCAGAUACGCAGUCACGCACAGAAGUACUUUUUGAAAGUUCAGAAAAGUGGAACUAAUGAACAUCUACCUCCACCGAGACCGAAAAGGAAAGCUGCUCAUCCGUAUCCACAGAAAGCUCCUAAAAAUGCUCCUGUACUAUCACAAGUCAAUGCAUCCUUCCAAACAUCCCCUCUACCUGAAACUGGUUUUAUGCGAAGGUCAAACUCUUCUCCAUUGCUGAGAAUUCCCACAGCAAGCACAGCAGCUGUGCGUUCCCAGACUGAGAACUCUACGCAAACGUUUGAUCUUUCAAAUAUGACAAAAGGAGAUAUAAGAUCUGCCAGGCAGCCAAUGGCAAAUAACUGUAGCAGUAGUUCUGAGAGCACACCGAAAACACAACAAACAGGUGAAUCAACUGAUCAAAGGAAUCAUGGGUCGUCAUCAUUGAGAGUUCUGCCUGACUUUGCUGAAGUGUAUAACUUUAUUGGUAGUGUUUUCGAUCCAAAUACAAAAGGUCAUGUACAAAAACUUAAAGAAAUGGAUCCAAUUGAUGUUGAAACGGUGUUAUUGUUAAUGAGAAACCUCUCAGUCAAUUUAACCAGCCCCAAUUUUGAGGAUCAUAGGAAAUUGCUUUCAUCCUAUCAGAUCGACUUGGAGAAAGAAAACACUGAUGAAAUGGUAAACAAUCUCCUGGACGACGAAGCUGAUCAUAAUGCUCAAUUCGAGUGGCAACAUAGAAGUAUUAGUGGUUAGUUCUGAAUAAGCUGCUGAUUUUAGCCCGCGAGUACCUAGACAUUGGUUGCAUGAUGAUGUGCUGAAAACUUUGGCACACCGCAGGAAGCUGUCUUUCUUCCUCCUUGUAAGGAGUAUUAUUCGGUUGUAAAAUCUUGGGUUGUGCAGUUCAAACUUUGUUUUUUUUUUUUUUUUUUUUAUGUUUUAUCAAUUAUUUAUGUACAUAUCACGUCAAUGUAAAGAAGUGUUUAAUUGUUUUCUAAUUUAUUUAUGUACAUAUUGCGGUUUGCGGCAUGUAAAAAGAAAAGGUUUGUUAGAUACUGA